GAAAGUAGCUUGACUGAAGCCAAACCCUAUACUUCCCUACCCCUGCCCGGUGAGCUAAAAUCUUGGGGUUUCUGUGGUCGUUAUCUGUACGUAUGCUACUUUGGUUGACACUUUAGUUUUGAGUAACGUUUGACAAAUGGCAAUGCGUUGCAGCAGCCACUCUCGCAUCAUACCCAGUUUGUUACAUUUCCGUUCAGUUUCUGCAUUCUCGUCCUCCACCUUUGAACCCAAUGAAUCCGUAGCAGCAAAUGUAACAAAACCUUCACUUCCUUCACUUGAAUCAUCCGGUGACGCCGAUGUGAUUUCUCAAAUGCUUAUCCGACACCAUAACCCAUUUCACUCAAUGGAAUCGUCUCUGCAACUUAACGGAAUCAUGAUUUCUCCACUUCUCGUCCAUCAAACCCUGAUUCGUCUAAAAAAUAUCUCCAAGAUCUCCUUGGCUUUUUUCUCUUGGGCCAGAGAUCAACCUCAUUACUCUCAUGACUCCACUGCAUACAACCUCAUGAUUGACAUAUUAGGUAAAGUCAGACAAUUUGAUGCAGCUUGGCAAUUGAUUGUUGAAAUGGACCAAAAUGGUGUGAGCCCCACUUCCACAACGUUUUAUGUCCUGAUCCGUCGGCUCAUAUCUGCUGGUUUGACUAGGCAAGCUAUCCGUGCAUUUGAUGAUAUGGGUUGUUUUGUGACAAUUGAUUCGGACCAACAACCCAUUGAUGACUUCUAUUUUCUUUUCGAUACGCUCUGUAAAUAUAGCUACCCGAAAGUCGCUACUGAGAUGUUUAACAAAUGGAAGAGCUGGAGAUUUCAACCUGAUGCAAAGAUUUACACUAUUAUGAUCUACGGAUGGUGUAAAAUAAACAAACCUAAGAUGGCAGAAAGGUUUUUUAAAGAGAUGUUGGAUAGUGGGAUCGAACCAAAUGUGGUUACUUACAAUGUUUUGUUGAAUGGGAUAUGUCGGAGAUCUAGUUUACAUCCUGAUGAUCGAUUUGAGAGGAUAAUUCAAGCUGCAGAGAAUUUGCUUAAUGAAAUGCUUCAAAGAGGUAUUGACCCGGACGUUACUAGUUAUUCUAUUGUGUUACAUGUGUAUAGUCGGGCACAUAAGCCAGAUCUUACACUUGAAAAGUUAAAGAUUAUGAAGGAUAAAGGUAUUCAUCCAUCAUUGGCGUCAUAUACAUCUGUCGUGAAAUGUCUUUGUUCAUGUGGACGACUUGUAGAAGCAGAAAAGUUGCUUGAUGAAAUGGUGGAAAAUGGGGUUGUUCCGUCUGCUACAACUUAUAAUUGUUUCUUUAAAGAAUAUAGAGGUCGGAAAGAUGUUGACAGUGCUUUAAACUUGUAUAAAAAAAUGAAAAAUGAUUCUGUUUCCUUACCCGACACCCACACAUAUAAUAUCCUUGUAGGGAUGUUUAUGAGAUUGAAUAAGUUCGAUCUUGUUAAAGAGAUUUGGGAGGAUAUGAAAGGUAGUGGGUCAGGACUGGAUUUAGAUUCAUACACAUUGUUGGUUCAUGAACUGUGUGAAAAGAAAAUGUGGAGAGAAGCUUGUGAGUAUUUUGUUGAAAUGAUUGAAAAAGGGAUUUUGCCUCAAAAAGUGACUUUUGAGACUCUGUAUAGAGGCUUAAUACAGUCUGAUAUGUUAAGGACAUGGAGGAGAUUGAAGAAAAAGCUUGAUGAUGAAUCGAUAUCAUUUUCUUCAGAGUACGAAAAUUAUCAUAUUAAACCUUACAAAAGGUGAACAAACUUAAUAGUGUGAACUUGUAAGGCCUGAGGUGAUGGAAGCAUCUUUCUAGGGAAACUUCAGAUGCCAAUAGAAGCAGUCUACAGAGAUAUGGAGCGAAAUGGUUAUUUGGAUACAUUUUGGGUGAAUUUUACGAAGUUGGACCCUCUGAGUCAAUUUCUGAAAGUUCACUCAUUUGAGCCAUUAGAUGCAAAGUAUGACCUGAAUUGAUCCAUCGAAUGAUAAAAGGGUCAAAACAGUCACCAUUUGCUUAGCCAUAGUGGCACUUCACUCAUGCGAAACACGUGCCCAACGACGAAGGUUAAGGUGAUACGAGCAUGGACUCCAAGCUCCUGGUAUUGGGUAUGAAACCUGCAAACUGCUUACCAGUUUAUGACUUUGCAAGUUUAGUUUUACAUUUGUUGGUUAGUAUACUUUGUAAUCAAACUUUUGUUAGUUAUGAUUAUACUGUAUUUUCAAUUUGUAAUCUUUUUCAAUUUAUAACUGAGAUAUUUUUUUAUCUACUAUA